AAAGUGUUCACGGCGUCGCCUGGUUGACACUUUGUUGUGUGAAUUUGGGAAUUUUAUUUGGUAUUUUACAUGUUAACUAGUUUCUGUGUGUUACGGUGAAUUAGGUGUGUUGUCAAGAUGUCUGCAAUGUACACGCAACAGCAGCAGCAGCCUCCGCCACCGCAGAGAGGCCCACCGGGCGCCCCGAACCGCGUGGUGCAGCCGCAGCCGCCAAGCACGGCGGCCAUUCAGAAGAUUCUUGAUGAAAAUUGCAGCCUCAUCCAGAGUAUUCAGGCGUGCCAGAACGAGGGAAAGCACCAGGAGUGCAUGUCCUAUCAGCAGGUGUUACACAGGAAUCUCGUGUACCUCGCCAAUUUGGCGGAUUCUACUCAGAAUAUACCUCAGAUUCUUCCGCCACCGCACAUCUUACAGUCUCUUCCACCUGGUCCGGGAAUGCAUCCAGUGCCACCAGCAAAUGCACCACCUUCAAUUGGUGGCCCUAUUCCAGCUCCCGGACAUGCAGUUGAAGCCAAUCAGCCGCCGAGUCAGCCAGGGCCGAAUUACAGCGCAGCUCCACCACCUGGAGCGCAAAUUCCGCCUCCUGGGCCACAGCCGCAGGCUCAGCAAGGACAGCAGGUGCAGCAGCAAGGGCAUCAUCCGCCAGCGCCCCCGAGUGGAGCUCAACAGGCGCCUCAACAGCAGCAGAAUGCUCAAGCGCAGCAGCCGCCACCCCAGCAGCCUCCAACGACUCAACAGCAGACUCGCCCGGGUGCUCCUCCGCAACCCCAGGCGCAAACUCAGCCCCAGGGUCAGACGCAGCAGCCACAGCAGCAGCCGCCGCCCCCACAAGCGUAUCCACGAGCUGGAGCAUAUCAGCAGCACGCGCAUUAUCCUGGAUAUCCGCCUCAAGGGCAACCCUAUCCUGCCCAGGGCUAUCCUGGACCCAUGUCCUACGCUCCGCCUGGGCAGAACUAUCCACCCAACACGGGAGCGCCGGGAGGAUAUCAUCACGGCGCCAUGCCGCCAACUGUCACCUCCGCCGGGGCUCCUCCGCCAGUGAGCGCCUAUCACAGCACUUCUCAGCACCAGGCGGGCCCUGGAGGUUACCCUCCGCCGCCCAAUAGUCAGCCGUCUGGGCAGCAGCAGCCCCUGUAUGGGCCUCCUGUGUCGCAGGCACCUCCUGGCCAGUAUCCUCCGCCCGCGUCCAGCGGUCCGCCGCCCCCGAUGGGCGCCUACUCAGGCUAUGGGGCUCAGAGCCCGAGUGCGAACUCCUACGGACAGCCUGGUGCCCCGGCUCAGGGCGCCUAUCCGCCGGCGCCGGGACAGCAGAGCUAUCCUCCUCAGCAGCAGUACCAGCCGCCAGCGGGAUAUCCGGCGCCUCAGCCACCCAUGGGCCAUCCUCAGGCCGCGACCGCGAACCAAGGACCUCCGCCGCAAUCCGCUGCACCGCCGUCAGGAGCCCCGCCGGCUCCUGGCGCGAACUAUACCAACCAGCCGAGUCCUGGUCAAACGCCCUCGCCGAACUCUAACGGAGCCGCUCCGCCGACGACUCAUCCAGGCCCCAUCGCGGCGCCACCGAGUCAGCAGACGUACCCGCCGCCGCCAGUGUCGGGAACGCCACCCAAUCAGCCCUACUCGUCGCCUCCUUCUUCCGUGCCGCAGACAACAUACUCCCAGGCACCGCCUAGCACUUCAUCUUCACCGGCGCCGACGGGGGCUUACCAGCCGCCUGUAUCGCAGCCCUACGCGCCCCCGCCGGGCGCUCAGCCCUAUGCUGGGCCCACCGGCGCUCCGGGUCAAUAUCCGCCACACGGAUAUCACCAACAGGCUUAUCCGCCAACACCCAUGCCGCAAGGACAGUACCCAGGACCCCAGGGGUACCAGUACCAACGUCCGGCGGGUCAGAUGCCACCGCCUGGGCCCCAGGGCGCCUACGGAUACGGCUACCAACCGCCACAAUAAAUCCCGAACAGUAUUGCUUGCGGAGCAGCUUGAUUGCAGAGGAACUUGAAUUCAACUCUCUCGCUAUGGACUUGAUUGUGCAGAGAUGUUUUCGCCACGGAGAGUCUCUCCAGUGUAUCUCAAUUAUACAAUAACUGUACUGUAGAUUGUAAUAAUGUAUCUCAAUGUGCUCAAGCGAGCUUUUA